GACUCCUGCAUGAUGAAUAGGUCAGAAACGAUGCAUUGUUGCAUUGCGCAGGCACAAGAGAAAUGCCGCGAACCAUAAGGCGAGCAUCUUCGGGUGUAAUGAGCACCGCAUUAUUGUGACAAUUGAAACUCUCUAGUGUUUGAAAAUAGACCGUAGUUAUUUCCUCAAGAUACAACGACCCUGAGAAAUAAUGGGGAAGUUGGCGUUACACUGCAGCUUUGGAGAUCCGACCAUUGUAGUAAUGAGACUAAUGGCAAUCUCCAACGCUUGCUUGAAAAGUCGAUGUCAAGACAUUUACUGGUUGCAAUCAAUCCGGGCGGCGAUGAAGCUGAUAUACGGGUUCUGGCAAAAACUGCCGAAACAAGCCAGGGCAAAGGUGAAUGAUCCGUCAGAGUUGAUGGCGUCUGGUUCCAUAAUUGCUGUCUUCAACUCCCGGACGAGAUCCCGCAACAAUGUGGAACCCAUUGAGACGGUAUCGUCUAGCCGCUGUAUGCCACGGCGAGCCAGAAGGAUUCCAGAAGACUAUACGCAACGGGUCCGAGCAUGGCGGCUGGUAAUGGUGAAAAGCCAAAUACGGCACAGAGAUGACGAGCAUUUCCCAAGCGGGAAAAGAGCACGUCGUGUUCUGGCGUCCCGUGCAUCCAUCGGCUCCCGUCGUGGCUGGCCACGUUGAUUCGUCGUGGAGAAUACCAAUCUCGGGUGUUCCGUGAUACUGCAACAGAGACCAACGUUGAACAAAUUGGCUCAGUUGGGCCACAUGUCUGGCUCAACCUGAAUGUUAAAUUGGACUUCGUUCCUGCUGUUGGUCUGUUGUCUGUGCGAUGGAAACCGG